CCGCCGAACAGUUUCACACUUCAUCAACGUCACCACAUAUUAUACACAAUGGCUGUUAAGGGAAACUACGAAUUGCUCUGCCUCGAGAACCCUCUCCUGGACAUCCAGGGUGUUGGCGAUGAGAAGCUCCUUGAGAAGUACGGGCUCAAGGCUAACGACGCGAUCCUUGCCGACCCCGAGAAGCACAUGGACCUUUACGAGGACCUGAUGCAGAACUACAAGGCCGUUCUCAUCGCCGGUGGUGCUGCGCAGAACACCGCCCGUGGUGCCCAGUACAUCCUGCCCUCCGAGUCUGUCCUGUACAUUGGCUGCGUUGGCAAGGACAAGUACGGCGAGACCCUCGAGAACAUCUGCAAGGAGGCUGGUGUCAAGACCGAAUACCUCUACGACGAGAAGACCCCCACUGGUCGCUGUGGUGUCGUCAUCACUGGCCACAACCGCUCGCUCUGUACCGACCUUGCUGCGGCCAACAACUACAAGCUUGAGCACUUGAAGCAGGAUCAUAUCUGGAAGCAGGUCGAGAAUGCCAAGGUCUACUACGUUGGUGGUUUCCACUUGACUGUCUGCGUACCUGCCAUCAAGGCCCUCGCUGAGGAGGCCGCUGCUAAGAACAAGCCCUUCAUUCUCAAUCUGUCUGCUCCCUUCAUCGCCCAGUUUUUCAAGGACCCUCUCGAUGAGAUCCUUCCCUACGUCGACAUCCUCAUCGGUAACGAGACCGAGGCCGCUGCCUUCGCCGAGUCGCACAACAUCGACUCCAAGGACGUCAAGAAGAUCGCCGAGAUCAUCGCCAACGGCCCCAAGAAGAACACACAAAGGCCUAGGACCGUCGUCUUCACACAGGGCACCGACCCCACAAUUGCUGUUACCGCACAGGACGGCGGCAAGGUCGAUGUUAAGGAGGUCCCUGUCCACGCCAUCAGCGAGGAGAAGAUUUACGACACCAACGGUGCCGGCGAUGCUUUCGCCGGUGGAUUCGUCGCCGGAAUUGUCAAGGGUGAGUCCCUCGAGAAGUCCAUUGAUAUGGGCCAGUGGCUCGCGAAGCUCUCCAUUCAGGAGCUCGGCCCCUCGUUUCCCCAGCCCAAGCAGACAUACUCCAGCUAAGUGCACGAUCGACGACGAUUGAGCACGAAUGCUCGUGUAUUUCAACAAUCUGCGAGAGCACGCCGCGUUAAGCGCGCGUGUAUCAGGCCUUGCCUGCUCAGCGAUGGACGGUAGAAUGGCGAACUGUUCAGACCCAAGUAUGGUUUUGGCAUCAGUGGAUGGGGUGAGGCAUUUCAACAGCCGCAAAAUAGAUACCCAGGUUAGCAUGCAGUGAGAUGGACGAAUGUAAAUGAUUGAAUGACCAUUGUCCAUACAUCCUGAACAAAUUCGAGGUGUAACUGCAAUCUUGGCUUUGGCUUAGGUGCGUGCGAACAUGACGCGACCAUGAGAC